AUGUAACGAAGCAGCAAUAACCCCAUCUUUUUAUCUCCAGAUCAAUUUGCCACACUAUUUAAUCAAGGAAUUAGAGAAUCUCUAUAUUUGGAUGAAAUGUAGGACUAAAGAGAACUCAGUUUCUCAGCUCCAAAAGUAGAUGAGAUGAAUUAAUCAAACCAACUCAAUUAAUCUAAUAAUAUUUUACCUGAAUUUCCAAAAGAAGAUGUUGUUAUAAGUAUUAAUAAUUUAAAUAUAUAACUUAGUAUCUAAACAAUUAUAUGAAUAAUCCUAGAGUAUUGAAUAACAUAAUAAACAAUUGAGUGAAUCAUAUUAAAGAAUACUAAAAUAAAACAAAGAGUUGUUGAAUAAAAGAAAAGUAUUAGAAGAGGAGAACUAAGCUCUUCUAGAAGAAAACUUUGAACUUAAGAGAUAGUCUCAUGAACUAUAAUAAAAAUUGACUCUUGCUCAAAAUUAGAUGUUGAUAAAAAGAGAGUAAGAAAUACAAACUUUAAAAUAACAAAUUAAAGAAUUGUAAAGUUAAUCAAAUUCUAGAGAUUCAGCUACCAAGACUGAAGGAAGUACUGCAACUUCUCAUAAAUCUUGUUUUGGAUCAAACACUCAUAGAGUAUAAUCAAAUGAACAAUCUAAAAAUCCAUCUAGAUUCACUUCUCCAGUUCCAAAAUAAUAAACAUCAGAAUUCUCAGUCUUCAAUUAAUAUAAUUCAAAUACUAUUUUCGGAAAAUAACCCCAAUUAUGA